AUGGCUUCUCGAUCCCCGCCAGUGGGUACUCCGCUGCUAAAAUCCCCUGUGCCCGAGACGCCCUUCAAAGACGCGCCAACACCAGUACCACAAACAGUACCUUUUCCUUCACCACAGACCUUCGAGGUAAUCCCACCAUUGCAUGGGAUUCUUUCUCGCUUGCUCUCCUCCAAAGGUCAGCAAAGCGGUCCAUCAGACGCACCUGGGGAUACAACAGGUGUCCCAGGAGCUUCCCAGGCACAGACCCAACAAGCACCUUCGAACAUCCCCAAUGGCGGGCACAACGGCAACAAUACAUCAUCACAUGCCGUACCAGAAGUAUCGGUCCUCGGUUCAAGCGCUCAUCCGCCGCUCGAUGUGAAAAACCUCCCUACCGAAACUAGCUCUGUCAGGAUUCGAAUCCAGAAGGCUCGUACAGUCGUCGAAGGGCUACCAGAUGUGCAUCGGUCUGUCAAUGACCAACAAAGAGAAAUUGCAGAACUAGAGGAUCGUGUGAGACGUUUGCGCUCUAUCAUCUCUGACUUCGGGUAUCGAGCAGGGAUACCACAUGAGGACACCACAAGGACCUUGGAAGCAUAA